GUUUUUGUCUCGAUCCCACCAGCAGUCCAGAUUGAAAUAUAUCUCUCCUAUCGUGCGCACUAACAUAAUAUGAAGAUGCGCUGAAUAACAAAGCGGUUUAUUCACAUAAACUCUAGCUGGUCGCAAGAGUUUCAAGAAGCUACCAAAGACGAAUUACAAUUGAACCUAAUGUAUGAAAAAAAACUUCGAAGCAACGGUGGGGUUCUAAAUGAAACUGUCGCUUCUCUGUGAAUUACUUUUCAAGCGACAACGACAGAUGUACCCUGCUAGAGAAGAGUCCUGUUUAAAUCAAACAUGGCAGAACCAGCUUUUAUUAUAUGGGACCCAAACAUUGUAAGAGUUAAACCAAUGAUUGGAAAUAAUGAGAUAAAAGAAAUGAAGACGUUCGCGCCCUCCCCGCGCGUCGUAAGCACCGAUGAUACCCAGCAAGCAUUGCGAAGGUUGUGCAUUGCCGCACAGGAAGACCACGAAGAUGAAAUUCGCUAUUUUAAGAACCUGUCGAACCUCGUUAACUGCAAAGACAGUGUAGGCUUCACCAUACUCCAGCACGUGGCGAGGCUUGAUAAACCGGAGAUCCUUGAGAUUCUGCUGGAUGCUGGCGCUGAUAUCGACACCAAGGGACCGGAGGGAUAUACGGCAUUGCACCUUGCAACUAGAUUCAACUGCUAUGAAUGUGUCAAAAUCCUCUUACAACAUAACGCUGACCAGACUGUGGGCACGGACGAAGGCACGUUGGCCAUGCACGCCGCCUCCAGACACGGUUACCAGGCUAUAACGAAACUUCUAUUAGACUCCAGCCACACAUGCGUAAACUCCACGAUGUUAGGUGACUUGACUCCGUUAGCUAUGUCUUGCAUGAAUGGGCAUUACGAGACGUGUAAGCUUUUGAUUGACUCCGGUGCUAACAUCGUGUGUGUGAACGUAGAGAAAAGGACGCCGUUACACUUGGCUGCGAUACAGGGGGAUCAUCACGUGGUUAAGCUACUUAUUGAUUCAGCAAUAUCAAAGGGCAUCAAACUCGGCGACUUCAUCGAUGUUCUUGAUUACGAGUUCAACACUCCACUACACCUGGCCUGCACUUACGGCCGCGAGGAGGCUGUGCAUGAACUUUUGAAAAACGGUGCUGAUGUCAAUGCGCAGUGCAUGGGCUCCGGGGAGACACCGCUGCAUAUAUCCGCAAGGCGCAACAAAGUGAUGAUAAUGGAGGAAUUGCUAGCUAAGGGAGCUACGGUCGACUGCCGUGAUUCUGCGUCAAGAACGCCCUUGCAUAGAGCUGCGUUUGGUAACCAAAUCCCAGCCGUCCAGUUGCUCAUCUCAAAGGGCGCCACUAAAGAUGCCCGCGACUCCGAAACCAAUACUCCAUUUCUAUUGGCUGUUAAGUAUAACAAGACUCAAGCAGCCGCUGAGCUGUUGAAACGCGGCGCCGAUAUAAAAGCGAAAAACCUGUUUUUCCUGUCAAGUCUGCAUUUGGCGGUUUCUCUUCACAAAGACUGCGAGACGCUGAAAUUGUUAUUGGAAUGGGAUGAUGGAAGUUUGUUGAGUGCAACGGAUCUUAAUCUACAGACUCCUCUGCAUUUUGCUGCCGCUAGAGGAAGCCCCGAGAGUAUUAAUCUUCUGCUCGGCAAGAAUUGUGAGAUCGAUGCAAAAGACGCCAAUGACCAAUGUCCCCUUCAUAUCGCGGCGAGUAACGGUUCAGUGGAGGCUGCCCGCAUUCUGGCUCAUCACUCUCCCGAAGCGGUCUUCUCCAGGGAUUCGUACGGACAUACUCCAAUACACAAGGCCGCUUCUCAUGGCUACUGGAAGACGUGUGAAGCCCUUCUUAAAAAUAUGUCGUCAACUCGUCUCCGAGACUUGAACUUCCAGACACCGCUCCAUUCAGCAGUGACGUCUGGGUCCAUCCAAACGGUCAAGACAUUCCUUGGACGCACCAUGGACUCUAACGUCCUCCUGGAGAUGCAGGACAGUAACGGCAACACGGCGCUGCAUCUUGCGUGUGCAAACGACGAGGUAAAGAUUGUCAAGCUGUUAUUAGACGAAGGAGCUGACGUCACUAUGCGAAAUAAGGACGACAAGACCUGCUUGGAUGUCGCGAUAGACUGGGAACGAACUGAAGUCGCUAAAGCUCUAAUCCAACAUGACAGAUGGUGGGAAGUCAUGUGCACUCGGAACUCUGCGGGCGAGCUGCCAAUGGUAGGCCUAAUAGAAGCACUCCCAGACGUUGCCAAACUUGCACUUGAUCAGUGCAUUGAGCGCUGUCCACUCCCGACAUCCCAUCAAGACUACUGCUUGACUUUCCACACGGUCCUACUAGACCCAGGCCCCUGCAAGGAGGGCCAGACAUCACGUGACGCCUCUGAAGUCAUGGUCGAGAACGACUGUGAAGAACUGCUGAGUCAUCCUGUCACUCAAGUGUUGCUUAGAUACAAGUGGUUUGCCUUUGGGAAGGUGCCGUAUUAUAUAAACCUGAUGGUGUUUCUCAUCUUCGUGAUUCUCUUCUCUUACUUUAUCAUAACCGAGCGGGACUCCUCUACGCUGUAUUACCACACGCACCCUAAUGCCAGUGCCUUGGAGAAGCAGUACCUUGAGAAGCGACCUUCAUCAUCGAACCCCAUAGCGAUAGUACUAAUUCUGUUCGCCACCAUUGAAUUUCUGAAGGAAUUCUACCAGAUCUUUAUGAUAAGACUGGACUACUUCAAAGACAUCACGAAUCUAGUCGAACUCGUGUUGUAUACUUGCGCGAUUAUAUUCAUCAGCCCGUAUCUGGCCGAGGAGCCGCUGUAUACAGCGGCUUAUGGGCAUUGGAACGCUGGAGUUGUGACUCUUUUCUUGGCGUAUUUGAACGUGUUAUUGUACAUAAAGGGUAUUGGAUCCUCCGGUUUGUACGUGACCAUGUAUUUCGAGGUGUGGUAUACCUUUCUUAAGGUCAUUAUGGUGUUCUUGGUGGUGUUGCUCGGGAGUACGCUAGUCUAUUAUGUGCUACUUAAAGAAGAGGAUAACUUCAGUGGAGUGCAUUUCGCUUUCGUCAAGACGUUUGUGAUGAUGGUGGGAGAAAUCGACUAUAACGACGUGCUCUCCAGUAACGUCAUUAACAGGGAGGUGAACCCCGCCACAGGGGCCCCGUAUGUACCAUUGCCGCCUGUGACUUACGUCUUCUUCUUUGUGUUCGUGGUCAUGGUCCCGAUACUACUGAUGAACUUGCUGGUCGGUUUAGCAGUUGGUGACAUUGAUGCCAUUCAAAAGACUGCUUCGUUCUCGCGACUGAAAGACCAGGUUAACUACGUGACUGACAUCCAGAGACGAUAUCCGCUCAAGAUGAUAAGAAUGUUGUACAAAGAGAAGAUUGACGUUCGACCCAACAGGAACAGAUUCUGGAAAAGGUCAGUUCCCAGAUGAGCUCCGCAAUGAACAUUUAUAUCGCACAUUUGCCCUCCAUUCUUUCAAAAUAUUUUACACGACUUCCUCGCUUUGGAUCCUUAGAAUGCAAUGGUGUGGUACCAAUACACUCUUUUUAAUAAGAAAUCACUAAGAAAUAAUUCUCGAAAUUUUGAAAAUGUGACGUCAACUAAAAUUCCUGACGAACUGGUGAGCGUAUCAUUGCCAAACACCCCCCUAUAGUGAUUCAAAAUAACUUGUUUUUUUUUUUUAUUUUCUUGCCUUUAAUUGUGAUUUAAUCUACUCAUCUGGCGCAAGUAUUGUGGAUAGUGAAUAUCUUGACGAGAUCAUCGAUAUCGCCGAGUCAAGCGACAAUAAGAAAAGCAACGCGGAGCAUGGAGAAGAGAAUGAGGGACA